GGGUGGGGGGAGAGUGAACGCGUAUGCAUAGCUUCGGAGAGAGAAGCGCAUGGCUUGGGGGAGAGAAGCAUGCACGCAGUCGAACAGCGCCAGUUGAGUGUGGGACGUCUACCAAUCUUYGUCUACUACAAUACCGUCUCUCCCCUCCUCAAGACAAUAUCCUAUAGGCUCAGUGUCGAAGGGCCUUUAUGCAUUAAAACCAAUAAUGUGAGAACCCGAUGCAGACCUCGUGUCAUGGACGUUUAAUUGUAACAACCGUUCCAUUUUAUUUGUGUCGUACAUUUUCUUAACCSGCGGUGGAAUCAUCGAUUUACACUAACCUACUGACACCUGGAUUGAGAUGCGGCAAUGUUCAGAGCAGUAUGCACACGUGUAAACUUCUGCUGGWUUUGGCUGGCUGUUCUGUUUCUGCUGAAAGUAGAGGAUGUUGRCGCGUACAGCUGUCAUGAGGUGAAGACCGCUUUCCAGGUGCGACAGAUCGGUCCGCUGAAGUGGGUACCGGAGACACCUGGAACAGAUGUGGACCUGUUGGUGUGCAAGCACCAGGGCCCGUCCUGCUGCACCCGCAAGAUGGAGGAGAGCUACCAGGUGGCGGUGAGACGAGAGACCCUCCAGAAUGUCCGCUCCUACAGCUUCGAGCUGAAGUACCUCAUCUCCGGCCACGCCACCGCCUUCCAGGACACCUUCCAGUACCUGCUCUCCUUCUCCCAGGGCCACCUCUCCUCCCUGCUGGAAGACACCUACUCUCCCCUCUCCCGGGAGGCCCUCCCCCAUGUCAACGCCCUGUUCUCCUCCCUCUCCCUCUACAUCGGUGGACACAACCUCUCCCUCGAAGCUGCCGUGGCCCGUUUCCACGACAACCUCUUCCCGCUCGUCUACGGGCGCCUGGUCAACCCGGGCGUGGGCGUCCAUGGUGGCUUGUCCGGCGAGCGGGGCGAGUGUCUCCGCGCCACACGGCAGGACGUCAACCCAUUCGGCCAUCACCCCGAAACGCUCGCUCAGGAAUUGGGGCGCACCCUGGGCGCCGGGCGAGCCUUAUCCCUGGCCCUCGCCGAGGGCACCGAAGUCAUGAACGCCACCGAACACGUUUCCUUCACCAAAGAGUGUUUACGUGGCUUGACCAAGAUGCAGUACUGCUCGCACUGCCGUGGGCUGACGCUGAUCAAGCCGUGCGUGGGCUACUGCCUGAACGUGAUGCGCGGGUGCUUGGCGAGCGUGGCCGAGCUGGACGGGCCCUGGCGGAGGUAUGUGGCGGCUCUGGAGGAACUGACCAAUGCUGUGGCCGGACAACACAGCCUGGAACUGGCCCUGCUUGGAGUCAGGGGGCACGUGAAUGAGGCCAUACUACACGCUCAGCUCCAUGGGCCCACGCUGACCGCUACGGUGGACAAAGUGUGUGGUCGGUCAGCCAAGGAGCCCCGCACCAGCGUCCACCCUGACCCCGCCCCAGAGGUCACGACCUCCACGGUGACAUCAUCGACCGUCACUCCCUCCGACCCCCCCUCCAUCCCCCCACCAGAACAGCUGAUGGGACAACUUGCCCACCUGAGGAGGGAGUUUCUGAGCUACAUCCAGCGCUAUAAGUCAUUCUUUGCAGUGCUUCCAGAGAUGCUGUGUGAGGGAGAGAUGGUGGUGGACGACUUUACCUGCUGGAGCGGAGACGACGUGGUGGAGAGUUAUACAGGCAGAGUGGUGGAGAACGGUCUCCAGGCCCAGAAGCAGAACCCCGAGGUCAAAGUUCGCAGCCCAAACCCCGAACUGGCCGAGGUGAAGAAGAGGCUGGAGCGAUUCAACCAGGAGAUUCAGGACAUGCUGCCAGGGCUGGGCCAGAGCGAGUCCUGGGGGGAGCUGGGUAGUGCGACACAGAGGAUGGCAGCGGAGACUGUGACGAUGAAGACGGGUGUCAAGGAUCUGGAACGGGGGCGGUCAGGUAACCCUGGUGGUCGUGCUCCCCCGGUGGUGAGGGUGAGAGGUGCAGGGUGCCCCCCUGCCUGUCUGUUUCUACCCACGGCCCUCACCCUCCUCCUGGUCACUCUGGCUCUACAGUGGAGCAUGUUGUGAACAAAUCAUAGUGCCCCCUACUGACCUGGCCCCAUCCACACACACAGUAGAGACUACACCCCUACACCACCUCCUAUGUACCCCAACCCCAAUGCACAGACUGGACUGGGGUAGAGGAAGGAGGAGGGGUGAAGAAAUGCGAAUAGGACGGAGAGAGAGGGAGGAGGGGGUGAAGAGAAAAGUAGAGAGAUGUGUGCGUGUGGGGGGGGUCAGUGUGGAUGGGGACGGACAGGGAAUGUGUUGUCCCCAUAGAGACGUGAGUGUGUGUGUACGAGCUCCUCACAGGCAGAUUGUUACAGUACUCAGCCUGCUGCUUCCUGUGUGUAUGCUGUGGACUAGGCUCCUCCACAGCUCUCCUGCUCUCUGCUUUAACAAUGCACUCACAUUCUCUGCCACUGGGACGGACUACCACGCAGUGGGACGGACUACCACGCAGUGGGACGGACUACCACGCGGGACUUCUGGGCCUCAAUAUGCAAAACUCGCUCACAUACUCACGUGCACGCUUUCACAAACACACACCUACACUAACACAUAUGCAGGCAAGCAUGCAUACACUCGCGCGCACACACACUUUUCACUCUGCUGCUGGUUUUCUGUGUUGUCAGCUACAGUACUUACCUCUGUGGAUACUUUUCAUCUUUAGCCAAUCUUAUCCUGGGUUUCAACGCCAUUGGGCAGAGUUCACUUAAUUUUAAAACCCUCAACUGUUUAUAUGCUCUAAAGGAUUAAUACAUAUAAGAAAUGCAUGCUGGAUUAAUAAUACAAUCACUUUCCACCAGGCCAGCCUAGCCGAUUGGACCCACUCUAAUUGAUUAAUCGUAAUCCACAUCAUCAUUUUGUAUUGCCUGUUGCUGCAGGGUUAUUUUCCUUCUGUAGCAAACUGGCUCAAAUGAAGAUCCCACGUCUGUAUGCAACAGUAGAAUGUAUCGAUCUCAUUGGUAGAGAAGGACAGACACGCACACGUUCGUCAGAUGCGGCAUGAUUUGUUUGAGUAUAUUUAGAUAUCGUUCUAUUGAACUCUCCCAACAGCAGCCCUUUAUUGAUGGAGUUGAAUGGAUAAAAUGUGUCUGAAUAGAUUCUAUUUUGUUUCUAUUUUGUUUCCUGAAUAGCUUUGAAUGAACUGUGCUUUUCCCCGUAUUAAAUGAAACGCAAUGCAGUAGUAUCAGAGAUAUAUUUUGUAUCACGACUAUACCAAGAAUGUACACGUGUCUUUUCAUACACCAACAUGCUAUAUGAAGUGUUGGCAUCUUUCUUUCACCAGAAACCAUCGGUCAAAGCCUGUUUGUACAUUGUUGAUUUACUAUUGUUCGUCGUUCCUCCAUUUUUUGUUGUUGUCUGUGUUUCGCUCUUUGAAUUGCACAUAUGUAUAUCUACCCUUCAUAUAGUUAUCAUUGUUUUGUUACGUUAGUAACGUGAGACCGUGUACUGUAUUACAUUGCAACAGUCUGUUACCUCUACGGAAAAACAACAACAUUGUUUAUGUUUUUAACAGCCUGAUACUUAAUUUCAUGCUACUCUGCAUCUCUCUCUUUAUCUCCCUCUCUCGCUCGUUCUCACUCAUCUGUCUCUCUUUUCCAUAACCCAUUCAAUUACUUUACUUCUGUUUGGACAAUGUGAUCAAAAGAUGUAACCAGCUUAUUCUACAGUUCCCAUAUUAACCCAUAUUUAGGAUAAUAACCGUUGAGCAAUACAUUAUAUCACUAAUGCAGAAACAUACACAAUGCAGUUACAUACAUGGCAGGGCAUUUCUAUCGCUUCAUCAAAAUAUUCAAUCAAACUUGUUGUUUGAUUUAAUAUUUUGAUUGAAGUCUGUUGUAUUUUUAUUUAAUUUUUUAGAAGGGAAUGUUUCUUUGGUUGGUACCGUAGAGGUUUGUACACUUGAAGUGAUUCGAACCAGGAGAAUGAAUGUCUCAAAAAACACAGAUGUUUAUAAUGUUUAGGCCAGUCGGUUUUUGCUGACCACGGGAUCUGACGAGUGAAAACUAUGCUACAUUUAGCCUACACCUGGUUCAUGUUCAAUAGGGCACGCAAAGGAAAGUGAAAAUAAGACGUUAUCAUGACCUCUUUUUUUAGUUUUUUUCUUGCUGCCUAAUGAACACAACCCUCGCCUCCUCUUUCUGCUGACAAGGGCGUGACCUAUAUUGGGCGAAAAGUACUUGCUGUGUCUCCAAAGUUGGAGUUGUGCAUUGCUUCCCGCAGUUUCUGUAUCGAACUGAGUUGGCCUAAUGCAAAGUUGGCCGUCAGACAUUUUGUUUUCAGGCCACAUUCAGAGCUGUACUGUCUACACAUCACAUGGUCACUGUCCUCUCUGCUGCAUUUCUCAUCUACCAUUUCCUUAACUCGCAUCCAAUGCAUUUAGAUCACUUACUAUAGCAUGUGUAUAAAUGUAUAUAUUUUAAGUCCCUCUCAAUUUGUGGUUUCAUUUCCUUUCUUUUAUAUUGGAAACAUCACAGUGUAAGAAAUGUGGUGUAGUAAGGUAUAUCACAUUUAUUCUACUAUAAUGCUGUGCUGAAGAUUUUCCCCAUCAGCAAGUUUACUAUCGUAAUGGCCAUUGAGUGUGAAUGCAGUGGACAUUUGCCUGACAACUGAUAUGGGCUCUUUCUCAAUUAAUCUUUCUCCUAUUCCUUGUAUCCUCUCUCCACGCCUCAUUCUCAAACCGCUUUGGAGAAGAAAGCGAGCGGAGGGACCUUGGACCUUCUCCAAUAGGGUUGAGAAGGUGGUGAGGAAUCCCGGAAAGACUAGUUAAGAUAGAGCCAUUGUUUUCAUCCUAUAUGACUUAUUGCUUAUUAAAGGGCUCCCACUGUUA